UAUUUUUUAAUUAAUUUACUAUUAACUUUAAUCUCUGCACCCCCAUCGAAACGGUGUUUGAUAAUUUAUUGCACAUGGAUGCUGCUUUAUUGAUAAUCCAUUUUCAUGUUAUAUUAAUUUUCCUCAUUUGUUGUUGUAAUACUUCAAGUUUAACCAUGGCUGCCAAUAACUCUAGUUCAGGAGGACCUACGAAUUUUUCCACGGCAAUUCUAAUUAGAGUGGACCAAUCAGGUCAUGGAGAUUUCAAGAAAAUUCAAGAUGCUGUUGAUGCUGUUCCUUCGAAUAAUUCUGAAUUAUUCUUCAUUUGGGUUAAGCCUGGGACUUACAGGGAGAAGGUUGUAGUGCCAGCUGAUAAGCCAUUUAUAACGUUGAGUGGAACUGAGGCUUCUAACACCAUAAUUACAUCGAGUGACGGUGGAGAUAUUGUUGUUUCUCCUACACUAACUGUGUUAGCCUCCGAUUUUGUUGCAAGAUAUCUAACAAUUCAGAAUUCAUUCGGAACGAGUGGCAAAGCUGUGGCACUAAAGGUUAAAGGAGACAGAGUUGCAUUCUAUGGUUGUAGAAUUCUAUCGUACCAAGACACUUUGUUAGACGAUGCUGGCAGGCAUUAUUACAGUAAUUGUUACAUUGAAGGUGCCGUGGAUUUUAUUUUCGGAAACGCAGCUUCUCUCUAUGAAAGGUGCCACAUUCAUUCAGUUGCAGCAGGAGCAAUCACUGCUCAAGACAGAGAGUCCCCAUUAGAAAAUACAGGAUUUACUUUUUUGGGUUGCAAGAUAACCGGGACAGGAGGGAACACUACACUAGGAAGGCCAUGGGGUUCGUACUCUAGGGUGAUUUUUGCCUAUACAUUUAUGUCCAGUAUCAUACAGCCAGAGGGAUGGAAUGAUUGGGGAGAUUCUACCAAGCAAAGCACUGCAUAUUAUGGUGAAUACAAGUGUUAUGGACCAGGGGCUAAUAGAUCGAAUAGAGUGGGUUGGUCACGUAGCCUAUCGAAUGAGGAAGCCGCACCAUUUCUGACCAAGCAUAUGAUCGGUGGGCGAAGUUGGUUAAGGCCCGCACCAACCCAUUUCAAGAAAUCAAGCUCAACCAAUAUUGUCGCUCCUACUGGGGAAAAUUAAAUUCAAUUAUUCUAAUUAUACAGUUAUUCUUUAGUUAUUAUAUUAC